AUGGGCUCCGUGCCAGAAGACAUCAAACUCGCCGUUGGUAUCAUUGGCGCCGGUAUAGCUGGGCUUGGUGCUGCCAUUGCCCUUCGAAAAGCAGGCCAUAACGUUGAGCUAUUCGAGCAAUCAGAAUUCAAGUACGAAAUCGGCGCAGCAAUUACUCUAACGCCCAAUGGUGGCCAUGUUCUGGAGCACUGGGGAAUAGAUCCGGCUCAGGCAGGUGCUGUUCGUAGCAGCGGCUAUGAGCUGGUCUCAGGCGACACUCUCGAAACGCAGAUGCUCGUUCCGCUGACAGACAAUGUUGAGAGGUACGGACAUCCAGUGCUGAACUUCCAUCGGGUCGAUUUACACAACCUCCUCCGACAAGCGGCCACUGACCCUGAGCGCGCUGGAGAUCCCGCCCGAAUAAAUCUGGGCUCCAAAGUCAUUGAGAUUGACUGUAAGAAGGGUCAGCUGGUCCUUGAAAAUGGAAAGAAUCUCACCAAAGACCUCGUCGUAGUUGCCGAUGGCAUCAAGACUCGAUGUGUGCCGACGAUAACAGGCCAGGACAUUCCUCUGAUUGCCACAGGCAGGUCGGCCAUUCGAGGGCUGGUGCCCUUCUCGGCCAUCAAUGCACACCCAGAGCUUGAAGCCUAUUACUCGAAACGACCGCUCAAGCCUUGCUACUGGGUCCCACACGAUCAUCAUAAGACGAGCGUCGUUACCUACCCUUGUGGCAAUCACGAGAUUUUGAAUAUCGCGCUCCUUCACAGCAGCAUGCCGAACCAGAUGGAGGGAGGCACCUGGACAACUCCUGCAUCCUUCGAGGAUUGUCUAGCAGUUACGCAGGGCUUCCAUCCUCUGGUGCACGAGUUGCUCAAGCGCUCGACCGACACAAAGAUCCACAAUUUUUACUCGAGAGGAUUGCUACCCGUGUUAGCUAGUGGUAAAGCAGUAAUCAUGGGCGACGCAGCCGGUCCCCAUCAGCCUCAGCAUGCGCAGGGCGGCACCGUGGCCUUGGAAUGUGGUGCUGCGCUGGGCCAAUUGUUCUCAGAGCUACCGAAAUCCGUACUUCUCACGCGGGACAAAGUCGAGGGCGUUGCUGAUCCUCUCUCCGAGCUCGUCUGUGCUCGAACAGGCAUGUUCAACGAAUUGAUGCGCUAUCGAAUUCAUCUGACGCAGCUCAUGUCGUAUUGCAUUCCAUUCAAUCCAAACGACCCUUAUAUGGUCGAAACGCGGAAAAAGUUAGAGGCGCUGAUGGCCGAGAGAGGAGUGCCCUGUCCACCCAAAGAUUAUCCGCCUUUCGGAGAAGCCGUGCGUGACAUCCUUUACACGCACAACGUGAUCAGCGAAACGAGGAAUUUUCUCGAAUCAAGAGGCAUCAACAGCACACCAGCUUAG